AUUUAGUAUGUCUUUUGCUGACUGCAGAGUGCAGACUCAGCUGGUAGGUGUGGUUAAUGAUGAUUGCUCGUCCCACCACCCACACACUGGCCCUUUGGCAUUUCCUUUAGAAAACAAGAUGCCAGGUAGAAGGAGACAGACAGACAGUGUAGGUGGUAAGGUGGAGGCUGGUUGUGCUAAAUGUUGUUCUUAUUGUCGUUUCUCUCCUCUCGGCUCUGCUGUUUGUUACAGUGCUAUUAUCAUAACAGUAGCCACACUGAUACUCUAUUUAGCUGGGGCUGGACUAUCUUCUGCUGCUGAGCCAGAGAAAGGUCAACCCGAUGGUUUUUGCAGUGAGGAUACUAGUUUAAAAAUAUCUUAUGACAAUUACUUGAAAUACACUGGUGUCAUUGUCCUGCUCCUGGUAAUUGCCGUCAUUAUGAGUUGCUGUGUCUGCUGUGGGUGCUUCUGUGAGCUACCAAAGGCCGUUAAGAUAGCAGCUGGUAUAACAAUCAUCCCUGUUGCUGUGUUAAUGCUGCUCUAUGGAGGCUGGUUGGUUAUUGGUACUGUAUUGUUUCAUGACAUGAGCAGUGACUUGAGCAGCAAGAAGGUGUGUCGGAAUGUCAUUGUAUAUGUGAUCCUCCUGUACAUUUACCUGUUCCUAUUGAUUGGGUUUGGAACCAUUGUCUUCAUUUGGAAGUGCUACAAUGUAAGUACCAGCAAGAAGACUGCUGCUUUCACUAAGACCACAAAAUCACGAGUACCCGAGGGAGCAGGAGGAGGAGGAGGGCUGGUUGGUAAAGUGGGUGGAGCUAAAAUGGCAAUGGCUGUCCUUUAGGACAGUACAUGUGAUGUUUUUAACUUUCAGUUAAUAUUAUUAUUAUUGUGACACACACACACACUCUCAGUGUUAUUGCUAUUGACUGAACAUUGCAGUUGUAGAGUAGUUCAUUUUAGUUAUCAAAGGAAACUAUUAA